AUCAAUGAGAAUUGAGAAAUGAGAGUUUGUAAAUAUUACACUCAAAAUAAAAAAUAUUUAUGAUCUAGAAACAAUUACUUUUUUUAUCAAAUGUUUAAUUCAUAAAUUUUACAUGUAGGUUAAAAAAGCAAAGCAAAAUGGUAGUUUGUAGAGCAUGUAAUUUAGAUAGUUCGGCAACUGCUGAGUGGGUUUUAUUUGAUGAUAAUAUAAUGUUAUACUUUAAUCUUCUUACCAAUCUAAAUGUAUAUGUAGAUGAUGGAUUAUCACAACAUUUGUGUAAAACAUGUAACAAUAUCAUUCAUCACUUUAUGGAAUUCCGUGUUAGGUGCAUUUCUGUUGAUCUUAACCUAAGAAAUAAUUUAAUUUGUAAGGUGAAACAUGAAUUGGAUAUAAUAAAUCAUAUCAAGCAGGAGAAUUUGGAUUAUGAUGGAGAUAAAGCAAAUUAUGAUGACUACAAUGGAUUAGAACAGAAUGACGAAAUUUGCAAAGAUCAAAUUAUUGAUGAUCAAAACUCUCAGUUUACAAGAAAAAUCAAGAAUAUUAAACAACGGCAAUCAAUAAAAGACAAUACCUCAAAAGCAAAUCAAACCAACCAAAAAACCAAAUGCAAAGUCAAAUAUAAUACAAAAGGAUAUAAUUGUGGUUUAUGCUUAGAAAGUUUUCAGCAUGAUUUAGCACAUAAAAAUCAUUUAGAUAUGCAUAAAACUAACAAUAACUGCUGUAUAUGCAAUAAAAAAUUCACAAACCAAUAUCAGACCUUAGCACACAGAAUAAUACAUCUACCCAGCGAUGAAAGAAACUGUUAUAUGUGCCAUAAAAAGUUCCAUAAAGAACAUUACCUUGAAUAUCAUUAUAAGAAAUACCAUUCCAAUGAAGCUAAUACAAAUAUAGAAUGUAAACAAUGCAAACGCGAGUUUCGUAAUCCAAAAAACUUGACAAGACAUCUUUUGAAUGCUCACAGUGAUACGAGAGAAAUAAUGAUUUGUGAUUUCUGUAAGAAAAUACAAAAAUAUAUUUUAUAUCUUUUUAGAUAUAACAGCAAAUAUAGAUUAAUUUUACACAUAAAUAUGCAUUUAAAUAUACGGCAAUGGAAAUGCAAGAAAUGUGAUUUUUCAACUAACUUUCGGUCAUCUCUUCGGGUGCAUGUUAUAAAUAGACAUACAAUAGGAAAGGUAAUUUGUAAAAUUUGCUCGAAAGCUCUCCCGAAUCAAGAAAGUUUCGAAAAACACAAAUGUAAACCGCGGGAUGGCGACGAUAUUUGCCCCAUUUGCGGAAAAUCCGGCAUUAAAAGACUUCAAAGACAUAUACAGAGCCACAACACGGACCGGAAAUUUAAAUGCGACCGUUGUCCCGCCGCAUACAAAUCCCGAACCGCACUUCGUGUCCAUAUUGAUUCUCAUGACGGUUUACGACGGCUUAAAUGCGAAUACUGUCCAAUGACAUUUCGCAGUGGUCCAGUUCUUAUUAAGCAUAGACGUACGCACACAGGUGAGAAACCAUUUGUGUGUAAAAUCUGUCAAAAAGGCUUCACUGGUAACUAUAACCUCAAAGUGCAUAUGAAAGUCCACGGUAUUACAAACUUGAUUGUCAAAAAAAAUCAAGACGGAGAAAUUGCUAAAUAAUUAAAUACAAUAUCUUUUACAUAAUUAUUUGUGGAAAGUAAAUAAAAGAAUGAAACA